CGCAAUUGUGAAUUGAGCAGAUACAGCUAUGCUAGAGAGGUCAUCGAGCUGGACGCACAGCACUCACGACCCUUGACUCUUCACUCGCAUCUCCACAAGAGCUCCACUCACACUCUCACAAUCACAAUCACGAGCUAAAGCUCCACUGCGCUCUUGCUAGCACACUGCACCACGCAUCUGCACCUCGACAUUCCUAGGGCGUACACACACCGCCUAGGCUACGAGUCUUGCACGCCGCUGGCUUGCGUUGAGCAUUCGAGCCGAUCGCACCUCACUCCGGGCCUCACGACUCCUCAAUACACCCCCAAGUCUGUCGAGCGAUUAGAUCGCACAUCACCCGCUUCUGAGCUGACCUAGAAGGCGGAGCUGCUCGACCGUGACCGAGCGUCCAAGAUCGCGCCAACCGCUGCGCAAUACCACACUUCUGCGGUUCACUUUGUUGAUUCACCUAGCAUCCAUCCCACUUCUGACCAGGACCAGCAAGGAUGCCACGCGUCAUCAUCGCACCUUCGGUGCUUGCUGCCGAUAUGGGCAACUUGAAUGCGGAAUGCAAAAGGAUGAUGGAUGCGGGUGCGGAUUGGCUUCACAUGGAUGUCAUGGAUGGGCACUUUGUGCCAAACAUUGUCCUCGGAGCGCCCAUCAUCUCUUCAGUGUCCAAAGCCGUGCCCAACAUCUUCAUGGAUUGUCAUAUGAUGGUUACAGAGCCUGGUCGUUGGGUCAAAGAUAUCGCAGAAGCGGGCGGAAAGUCAUACACGUUUCAUAUCGAAGCUGCAGACGAUCCUAUGGAUGUGGUCAGACAGAUUAAAGCGACAGGCAUGAGAGCAGCAGUCGCUAUCAACCCGGGCACUCCUAGCUCAGAGAUCUCGAACGAGCUCGGAGAAGCUGUGGAUAUGAUCUUGGUGAUGACGGUGUGGCCGGGCGCUGGAGGACAAAAGUUCAUGAAGGAGUGCAUGCCAAAAGUAGCCGAGCUUCGCGCCAGGUUUCCAGAUUUGGACGUGGAGGUUGAUGGAGGCGUUGGUCCAAAGACGAUUGACAAGUGUGCAAAUGCGGGUGCAAACAUCAUCGUGGCGGGCACCGCAAUCUUCAACGCGGAAUCGCCAAAGGAUGUGGUCAACUAUCUGCGCACGCGAUGUGAAGCAGCGCAAGAGAAGAUUGCGAGGGAGCGCGAACAGAUCUUGUUCGAUCCUAAUGAUGAGAGCGCCUUGUCUGAUGGUGAUGACGACCGCGGGACAGCAAGCAGACCUUCUUCCAGGCGUAAUACGCCUCUCUCACAACCCAGGACCUACUUGCGGCAUCUGGUCGCUAGAAGAUCCAGUGGGAAAUUGCCGCCCAUGCAGCGAGGCAUCACGGGUCCUGGUGGCAUUGCAAGCUUGACCAACUCGAUCGGUCUCACAUCCAUCAACUAAGCCAUGGUCUCUUCACUGUCAUUCCGCCCGCUUUGAAAUGUUACAUCAUUCGCACUGAUG